AUGGAGAAAUUCAAAACCCUAGAAAUCUUGCAGAAAACUCCAAACUCCUGCAUCUUCCACCUCUACCUGAACCGUCCAUCUCAUUGCAAUGCACUUUCACAUGACUUCUUCUCCGAAUUCCCCAAAGCCCUUGCCUUUCUCAACCAAAACCCUGACGUCAAUGUCGUAAUCCUCUCCGGCAUUGGAAACCACUUUUGUGCUAGGAUCAACCUAGGAACCGUUGGCUCAAUCUCUGAAAAUUCCGACUCCAAUGACCGCGAACAUGGCAGAGAGAAGCUCUGGAGACAUAUCAAGUACCUCCAGGACGCGGUCACCGCGAUCAAGCUGUGCCGGAAGCCGAUGAUUGUUAGUAUCCAAGGGGUGUGCAUUGGUGGUGGAAUUGAUAUCGCAACCACCUAUGGGGAAGGGCUAGUUAAAGUUCGUCACAAGUUGAAGAGUAGGAAUAAGGAUCAAGUUAAGGCAGCUUCUGAUUAUGCAAGGACUAUUGACGACUUUGACAACCUUAUUGAUUCUCAGACCUUAUAUCACCAUUUCUUGUGUCUUGAGCCUUCCACUUUCGUUUUACGAGCCAUAGAGAAAAAAGAGAAAAUGUUGGGGGAAAUGAUUCACAUCACCAUCGAGUACCUCACCAACAAGGAAAGAGUCGUCAUGGCCAAUUUUGAGGUUGAGGUGCUCGAAGCUAAAAUUUCCAAGCUGAGGAAGGAUCUUAUAACAGCUAUGGACAAUGUGAAUAAGAAGAAAGAGCAAGUCAGGCCUUAA